CUCUAGAGUCCAGAUGACCAACUUCCUUGCUCAUCAAGGAUAUUUAAAUGUGCCCUCCAAGAAAACGUUGACGAGUCCUCAUUAAGAAAAACUGAAAAACUUAUAAAAAAAGGACUCCGCAGAGAAAGGGCCCAACAAACCCAAUAUCACUUUAACCAAAAAAGGCCCAAAUUUUAGCCACCGCUAAUAUUUCCGGAAUAAAUCCACCCGCUCUAUUUCCCGGAGAAAAAAUAUCUUCUGCGACAAAUAGGCGCAAACAUUUGUUUUUCGGUCGCUUGGACUCAUACAUUUUAAAACCCUAAUCCUAAAGCCCUAAUCAGAGCUCCGGCUGCAACGAAUUGUUCCUCUUUCCUCGAUCAAUUCGUUCCACCAUCAAACUCCUUCAAGAGCUCGUAUCGAGUUCAGCAGUCUUGUUCGAAUCAUGGCAACUAGGUUGCAGUUUGAGAAUUCUUGCGAAGUUGGGGUUUUUUCUAAGCUGACCAAUGCUUAUUGCUUGGUCGCUAUUGGAGGUUCUGAGAACUUCUACAGUACCUUUGAGGGCGAGUUGGCUGAUAUAAUUCCGGUAGUGAAGACAUCCAUUGGUGGCACUAGGAUAAUUGGAAGAUUAUGUGCCGGGAACAAAAAUGGGCUUCUCUUGCCUCAUACUACAACUGACCAAGAGCUUCAGCAUUUGAGGAAUAGCUUGCCGGAUUCAGUUAUUGUUCAGCGCGUCGAGGAGAGACUUUCUGCUCUGGGUAACUGCAUUGCAUGCAAUGAUCAUGUUGCUCUUACACACACUGAUUUAGAUCGGGAAACUGAGGAAAUGAUUGCCGAUGUUCUUGGAGUGGAAGUUUUUAGGCAGACUAUUGCAGGGAAUAUUUUAGUCGGCAGCUAUUGUGCAUUUUCAAAUAGAGGAGGCUUGGUCCACCCUCAUACCUCCAUCGAGGACCUGGAUGAACUUUCAACGCUCCUACAGGUUCCUCUAGUGGCCGGAACUGUGAACCGUGGAAGUGAUGUAAUAGCUGCUGGCUUGACAGUUAAUGACUGGACAGCAUUUUGCGGAUCUGACACUACUGCCACAGAAUUGUCUGUUAUUGAAAGUGUUUUCAAGUUGAGAGAGGCUCAACCUAGUGCCAUUGUGGAUGAAAUGCGAAAAUCAUUGAUUGAUACCUAUGUCUGAGUUACAAAUUUCCAAGUUGAAAUGCAUCAAGCUGUGUCUGUUCCCUCAUCCCAACUGACAUGCAUGGAGCAGCACAAGGAUAUUUAGCACCUGUUUGCAGUUAAUCUAUGUGUAUCAACCUUCCAUACCCUCUCUUGCACUCUUUUAUCUUAUACAAUUCCUUUUGUAACUUCAGAUAGUUCCCUUUUUCGUUCGUUUCUGAUUUUAUUGGGUUUUCAAAACUGAAGCUUGUGGUAUGAUUUGCUUUCUUAUUCAAGUAAUGAAAAUUUGUGAAGUCUACUAAGUUUACAAUUUUG